AGGGCUCUUAUUUUGAAGUCGGCAACUAAAACACUUAUUUUGAAGCAGCGCGGCUCAAGGAGAGAACAGAGAGACCGACCAGGCGCCAGCCCACUGAGCUCAGUACAGUAGCCGCUACCAGCGCACCGGUGUCCGGCUGUGGGCCAGGCAGUAUGACGAGGAACAAGUUGCGGAGCACCGGGGCUUCUCGACGGUAGUCAUUCGCCAUAUAUAUUCGACGGACAAGACGGAAGCCCUCACCCACUGGAACCAUAUCGUAUCGGACGGAUUCGGCUCUUUGGGUCCCGAACGGAGGUCCGCGGCGAAACAUGAACAAGAACCACCGAGUGCCGAGCAGCCGUUCUCUGAGUGCCGUGGAGGUGAAGAGUAAGUUUGGUGCUGAGUUCCGUCGCUUCUCUCUGGAUCGCUCAAAGCCAGGCCGGUUUGAUGAGUUCUACGGCCUCCUGCAACACGUGCAUCGCAUUCCAAAUGUGGAUUUGCUGGUGGGCUACGCUGAUGUGCAUGGUGACCUGCUGCCCAUUAACAAUGAUGACAACUACCACAAGGCUAUCUCCACAGCCAGCCCACUCCUCAGACUCUUCCUGCAGAGGAAAGAGGAAGCAGAUUAUACAACCUUUGGUACCGAUUCGUUGACAAGAAAGAAAAACACGGUACUUUCAGCAGUUCUUCUCCGACCCGACGCCAACAGGAAGAAGCCCCCUGUUAUCAUUAGUUUUCCGAGGGACUUCCGUCCCGUUUCGUCCAUCAUUGAUGUUGACAUCCUCCCUGAGACGCACAGACGCGUACGCCUGUACAAGCACGGCCAGGAAAAGCCUCUGGGCUUCUACAUCCGAGACGGCUCCAGCGUGCGGGUCACACCGCAGGGCUUGGAGAAGGUCCCCGCCAUUUUUAUAUCCAGGAUGGUUCCUGGCGGCCUGGCGGAAAGCACUGGUCUCCUGGCGGUGAAUGACGAGGUGUUAGAGGUGAACGGUAUCGAAGUGGCCGGUAAGUCUCUGGACCAGGUGACUGAUAUGAUGAUAGCUAACAGCCACAACCUCAUCAUCACCGUGAAGCCGGCCAACCAGCGGAACAACGUCGUCCGCGGCGGUGGAGCGGCGUCUGGUAGCUCGGGUCGCUCCUCGGACAGCGGGGCCAGCUACUACGGUUACUCGUCGUCAGCUGGGCUCGCCGCAAGCUCCUCCGCCCCCUCGCACAUUAUACAAAACUUCCCCGUUGGGGAGCUCGACAGCGACGAGGACGAUGAGGACCUUGUAAUCGAGGCGGGGGGUGACAACCUACCCGUUAGCCGAACGCCGUCCACCUACAGCAUGUCCAUUCUGCCUCGCUAUGAGCCGCACCUCAACCUGCGCACGUCCGGCUCGCCGCCCCCCCCGGUGGUCAACGGCAUCGCAAUGAACCGCGGGAGCAGCAGCUCACUGAGCAAGGCCGGGUCCUCCACGUCUUCACCUGACAGAGGGAGGCGGAGUCUCGAAGAGGAUGGGACUGUAAUAACACUGUAGACUGACCACACAUGGGCACACACACACACUACACUCAUGUACUUCUACACACUCAGUACGUUUACACAAAGUUAACAAGAGUCCUUUCUUGUUAGUCUGGUUAAAACAUCACAUUACCCCAUAUGAAGCGAUAAAAAGUAACUUCACCAUACAACUUGUGUCCAACAGUGUUAGAACACUAUCCAAAUGACUCACCAUUUCAGUUCGCUUGUUGAUUCAUUUUCUGACAUUCAGUGCAACUAUAUAAAGUAAUAGCCAGAACAAACUGCAUGUAAACGUACUGAGCAACAUUUUAAGGAGGAGUCACGGAUCAGCCAUUGACGCCAAUGACUUUGAUGAAGAAGCACAAUAACGUGUAAAUAUUGAAUCUGGAUACAAAGCCUAUUUUGUUUGUAUGUCCUAACAUUUACACAUAUAAUACCACACCUUAGACUUUGGUACCCAUGCAUGCAUGCCCCUGUGGCAUCACAAAGCGGAAUGCACAAGACUCAUGGAAACUCACUAAAGUUGUCUCUCCAUAGAAAAAUCUCCUUCCAAAUCCAGGUACUGCACCACCUUCCAAGCUUCUAGAAGCACUUAUCCGCCUUUUCUCAAGCUUCCUCUAGAGGGCAGAAGUGAGCCUCGAUGCGCCCUUUUGUCUUAUGAAUAGAUGAGCGUUUCCUCAGCAACACACCCAUGGACACAAACAAGACUUUCUCCUAGCACGACAAUCGUCCACAAGAAUAUUGCAGCAAAGUCACUGACCGAGCUGCGUCCUGCAAUAAUAAUAAUAAUAAUAAUAUAAUAUUAUAAUAAUGAUGAUGAUAAUAUUUUUAAAUCUAGGGAAAAACAAGUGUGGGCACUUCAGCCUCUAUUUUUUUGUGUUUUUAAGAUGUUAUUAUUGAUUAAGAAGAAGUGAUCGAUUUAAAAAAAAAAAAAAAAUUAUUUAUAUCGGAUACUGUCCCUCUUUUUAAUCUCCGCUAAACUGGCCUCUUGUGGUUUUUCAUAUCGAUUACAUUACAGCUGAACCUAAAGGUAGCCAUGUUAUGCAUUUGGGCAUUGGCCCGUCAUCUAAUGUAGCAGUGUGACACCUAUACAAAUGAGCAACUGUUUGUGUUUGAGCAAUUGAAGUCAGUGUUGCAUAUUACGUCCCCUUUAAGGUUGUAAAUGGCAGUUGACACCAGAUACAAAUUCCAGGACCUUUUUGUAAAGGUAAUUUUUAAUUCUCAUACAGUUGUAUUUCUAUUUGGAGGGAGGGGGGCAUUAUUUUCAUUUUUGCCAUUGCUGGUAAAUUAAUGUUGAUAUACGGUCACAAUCAGGACAGUACCGAUGCUGCCACAAGUAUUUCUGGAUAGGCAGUUUUCAUAUUUAUUCCAACUGUCAUCACAGGUACGAUGCUCUUUUGUGGCAGCAUCAUUAAAGCAAAACCUAUGACACCAAAGAAAAAUGCAUGCAAUCCUUGAAAUUAUCACUGAAUUUACAUUUGUGUCUGGCUGUCACUUAUGAUGACAUUUUGACCUCUGUAUUGAGCUCAUAUUUCCCCCCUCCGGACUUUCCGAAACCAUUCAAAAUCUUAAGGGUUCACUUUAUUUUGAAUGAUUUUGUUCCACAGGCUCUGACGCAUGCAAAACCAAUGCGAAUUCUAUUCCACAAUCAGUGUUUGGACAGGAUUUAAAAAUUUGAUUGCAACACAUUCACAUUCUGUGUUUGUCUUUGUCUGACCCAAAUUAACCAAACUAAAGUUAAAGAUAUACCAUUUUAUAGAGGCAAAAUGUUUGUGGUGGCUUUAACAGCUUUAUGCUGUAUGCUCCUUUUACAUUACAUUUGACAAAUGUCACUGUGCAAUCUGAAAGAGCAAUGUUUGUUUCGAUUUUAUUUUUGUUUGCGCCCCCUAAUGCGGGUCUUUGUUUGUUUGGUUCAAAUCUCAACACGGGGCCACCUUAAUGGAUUUUCUGAGCUCCGUUAUUGUGUAGGGUUGCUGUGGCUGCUCAAACUUCUGCCCACAUUCCAGAAACGUGUUGUAGUUUGAUGGAAGAUUUGAAAUCAGUAUUUGCCAACCUUUUAUUCAUCCAAGCUGCAUAUUUUACAUUAAGCAUCUCAUUGGCCACUACCAGUCAUGUAAAAAAUACAGUAUAAUAGUGGUUACACACCUAAUGUACCUUCUGCCAUCUAGUGGAAAAACAUUUAAUUGUUCUCUGUCAUUACAUGGCGCUUAUUAUAUUUUAUAUACUUGCAGCCUCGUUAUUGCGAUCUUCUCCAUACGAGUGGUCAAUUUAAUGAGCCAAUUCAAACUGUUAUAUUCGACUGGUAAGACAUGUAAUGUUAAGUCUUGUGUGCUACGGUGGCUACUGGUGAUAGCCUUUGUCAUUCCAACGGUAAGAAAACAAGAAAAUCAAUGUUAAAUUAUUGUCUUUAACUGCACCACAGGACGCUGGGAUUGUAACUGCAUAGACACUGUUAUUUAUUCUCUAAUGUCUAUAUUCUGAGAAUUUCUUUGUAAAAUUUUUACAUUAUUGGUUUCUUUUUUAUAAUAUACUGUUUCAUGUGUUUGUGUGUUCUCUGUUGAUAUUUUUGUCGAGAAAAUCUCAUGGUAGAUGUAUUUGACCACUGGAGAGGAUUUUUAGUAGCCGACCGUUGUUUUGAUAAAACAACUAAUUAACCGGGGGACAUUAAAGUAUAUAUAUUUUUUUCAUACUGUGAAUUCGUUUUAAAACAGAACAUUUUGAUAUUUUUUAAAGAAGUGAUUGAGCUAUGGCGUUUGCUUGCCAGAUGAAUGCUAUGAUAUAUAUAGAUUUGUAAUGAUGAUUGUCAGUAUUUUCAUAUCAAUGCUUUAAAUGAUGUAAAUUUUUAUCACAUAGUGAAUAUGGUUUAAGAUUCUACUGGAGCUGUACGAAUAAAUAGAUUUAAGUCUGUAAUUGUUGGUUUUAGGAGCUGGAUGAAAUAAUAAAGAAUAAUGUGC